AUGAGCAUCCAAGCCAAGUUAGACGCACUUAUUAAGCCACAUGGAGGCAAAUUAGUGAAAACCCUGAAGUAUGGAGCAGAGAAGGAGGACUUACUCAAAGCUGCUGAAACACUUCCCAAGCUUGACAUAUCAUCUCGUGAAUUUGGUGAUUUAGUUAUGAUGGGUAUUGGAGGAUUUUCCCCACUUGAUGGUUUCAUGAGUCGUGCUGACUGGUACAGUGUCUGCAAGAACUUUACCUUAGCGGACGGGACUUUUUGGCCUAUUCCAAUCACGAUGUCUGUCUCUGAAGAAGAUGCACGUAAGCUUCGCCGUGGACAAAAGGUCGCCUUAUCUUACAAGAAAGAUGUCCAGCCCAUUUCUGGGACUAUAGCAGUCGAUGAAAUUUAUGAGAUGACAAAGAAAGACAAAGAGAUGGAGUGCAAGGACAUCUUCACGACAUUAGACAAAGAUCAUCCUGGUGUGAAGAAAGUGAUGGAGCAGAAGCCCUUCAAUGUUUCUGGUAAAGUGGUGACUUUAUCUGAAGGGGAAUUCCCGACGAAGUAUGCCGGGAUCUACAUGACCCCUGAAGAGAGUCGUAUGAACUUUGCGAAGAAAGGAUGGAAGACAAUCGCAGCACUUCAAUUAAGAAAUCCGAUGCACAGAAGUCAUGAGUUCUUAGCCAAAAUAGCUGUAGAAGUCUGUGAUGGAGUCUUCAUUCAUUCAUUAGUUGGUAACUUGAAGCCUGGAGAUAUCCCUGCUGAAGUUAGAGUAAAGUGUAUUGAUGCUUUGGUAGACAAGUACUUUGUCAAGAAGAAUGUCUUACAAGGAGGAUAUCCACUUGAUAUGAGAUAUGGUGGACCACGUGAAGCUUUACUUCAUGCUACUUUCAGACAGAACUACGGAUGCACUCAUAUGAUCAUUGGAAGAGAUCACGCUGGUGUCGGUGACUAUUAUGGACCUUUUGAUGCACAGAAGAUCUUCGAUAAGAUCCCACAGAAUAAAGACCCAAAGAAGAGAUUACUCACUCAACCGAUGAAAAUCGAUUGGACUUUCUAUUGCCAUAAAUGCGACGGAAUGGCAUCUCUGAGAACUUGCCCUCAUACUAAGAAGGACAGAGUCAUUGUCUCGGGAACUAUGGUCAGAAAGAUGCUCUCUGAAGGGAAGAAAUUGCCAGACCACUUCGGACGCGAUGAGUCUCUUAAAAUCUUGAGCGAAUACUACCAACACCUCGAUAAGAGCAAGAGAGUCACUAUUAAACUCCAGAAGUUCGCUACCGGGUCGGCUAUGAACUAA